AGGGGGUGUGUGCGGGGGGCCGGAGGCGGCGGCUGUCAGAGUCGGCUCAGCCAGCGCCGGGGAAUAUCGGCCACCUCCAGCUCCCGGCGCGGCCCGGCCCGGCCCGGCUUGGCCGCCUCAGGGCCCUGGCCCUGGCCAACGCAGAAGAGGCUGUGCCUUCACGCCACCGCAAGCGGCCCCAUCGGCGCCUCGCCUCAGCGAGGGCCCCGCCCCUGUCGGGUGGCCAGUACGUGAACUGCGGCCUCUGGUGCGGGUGCCCGCAUUGCUCGCACUUGGCCCAAACCAGUCCAUCCAGCUGGGGGAAGGAGCAGCCGCCUGCCUGCCUUGGCAGCCAUGAGGCCCCCAUGCUGUCCCCUGCACACUCUCUUCCCAGCAUCCCGACUUCUUCUCCUCCUCCUCUUCCUCCUGGGAGGAGGGGCAGAAGCUGAGCACCCAGAGGACCCAGAGCUGCUGGUGACAGUGCGUGGGGGCCGGCUUCGGGGCAUCCGCCUAAGGGCCCCUGGGGGCCCUGUCUCUGCUUUUCUGGGCAUCCCCUUCGCAGAGCCACCCGUGGGCCCCCGUCGCUUUCUGCCACCGGAGCCCAAGCGGCCCUGGUCAGGGGUGCUGGAUGCCACAGCCUUCCAAAGUGUCUGCUACCAAUACGUGGACACCUUGUACCCUGGCUUUGAGGGCACCGAGAUGUGGAACCCCAACCGUGAGCUGAGUGAGAACUGCCUCUACCUCAACGUGUGGACACCAUAUCCUCGGCCUACAUCCCCCACCCCUGUCCUCGUCUGGAUCUAUGGGGGUGGCUUCUACAGUGGGGCUGCCUCCCUGGAUGUGUAUGAUGGCCGCUUCCUGGCCCAAGCAGAGGGGACUGUGUUGGUAUCCAUGAACUACCGGGUGGGAGCCUUUGGCUUCCUGGCCCUGCCAGGGAGCAGGGAGGCCCCAGGCAAUGUGGGUCUCCUGGACCAGAGGCUGGCCCUGCAGUGGGUACAGGAGAAUGUGGCAGCCUUCGGGGGGGACCCAAUGUCAGUGACUCUGUUUGGGGAAAGUGCAGGUGCCGCCUCUGUGGGCAUGCAUCUUCUGUCCCCACCCAGCCGGAGCCUGUUCCACAGGGCUGUGCUGCAGAGCGGUGCACCCAAUGCGCCCUGGGCUACGGUGAGCAUGGGAGAGGCCCGCCGAAGGGCCACACUGCUGGCCCACUUUGUAGGCUGUCCCCCAGGUGGGGCUGGUAGCAAUGACACAGAGUUGGUCGCCUGCCUGCGGACACGGCCAGCUCAGGACCUGGUGGACCACGAGUGGCAAGUGCUGCCUCAGGAAAGUGUCUUCCGCUUCUCUUUUGUGCCUGUGGUAGACGGAGACUUCCUCAGUGACACGCCCGAGGCCCUCAUCAAUGCUGGAGACUUCCAGGGCCUGCAGGUGCUGGUGGGUGUGGUGAAGGAUGAGGGCUCCUAUUUUCUGGUUUACGGGGCCCCAGGCUUCAGCAAAGACAACGAGUCUCUCAUCAGCCGGGCACAGUUCCUGGCCGGGGUGCGGGUCGGGGUCCCCCAGGCAAGCGACCUGGCUGCCGAGGCUGUGGUCCUGCAUUACACAGACUGGCUGAACCCCGAGGACCCAGCACGCCUGAGGGAGGCCAUGAGUGAUGUGGUGGGCGACCACAAUGUCGUGUGUCCUGUGGCCCAACUGGCUGGGCGACUGGCCGCCCAGGGUGCUCGGGUCUAUGCCUACCUCUUUGAACACCGUGCAUCUACGCUCUCCUGGCCCCCCUGGAUGGGGGUGCCCCACGGCUACGAGAUCGAGUUCAUCUUUGGGCUCCCCCUGGAACCCUCGCUAAACUACACCAUCGAGGAGAGAGCCUUUGCCCAGCGACUGAUGAAAUACUGGGCCAACUUCGCCCGCACAGGGGACCCCAAUGACCCCCAGGACCCCAAAGCCCCGCAGUGGCCACCGUACACCGGGGGAGCGCAGCAGUACGUCAGCCUCAACCUGCAGCCGCCGGAGGUGCGGCGGGGGCUGCGCGCCCAGACCUGUGCCUUCUGGAACGGCUUUCUACCCAAAUUGCUCAGCGCCACCGCUCCCGCGGCUGUGACCACGGCCUCUUCCCCUCCUCCGGCCUCAUGGGGCCCCUUCUCUAAUGAGAGGUCGGACCGUGGGGAACGGCCCCACUCAGGGACCUCCGACCCAGCGCCCCCUUCCUCCUCAAAAAGACUCAAACUGGACAGGGAGAGAGGUGACCUACGACCCAUCUCAGGGACCCACAUGCCUUUGUUUAAAUGGAAAUGAAAAUGCCAAUUUUCUUUUUUUUAUAAAAUUAUUCCUUGGAGCCUGAGCCUGCUGUUGGGGGGAGAGGGAAGACCCGGGGCUAGAUAGCACCUCCCAGUGGGGCUAUAACCGUCAACCAUUUCUCUUUUUUCCCCCAUCAAUCCAUGGAUGCUCCACCCUCCUGAUCCCUUCCUUCCUCCCGUCUUCCGGUCAUUUUCUACCCCUCCCUCCUCCUUCCCACCGUCCUUCUCUGGACCCCCCUAUAUCGUCAUCCUCCCCGGUCUUUCGUCUUUCUCAUAUUCUGAUCCUCUUUCCACCAUCCUACGUGGCCUCCUUACUCCUUGUGUCCUCCUGCACUCACGCCCCCCACCCCAUGUCCGUUCCCUGACCUUCCC